AUGGCAAAGAUAUCUGCUCUCUGGACUCGUAUUGCCUCUGGUGAUCGCCUUCGCCGGUCUUCUCAGGCGGUGUCGGUUCUCGGCGGCCGCGCUUACUUCUUUGGGGGCGAGCUUGUUCCCAGAGAGCCAGUCGACAACCAGGUUGACGUCGUCGAGCUGAAAGAUCCUCAAGCCCCUUCUCCGCGCGUUGGGUCCCCAAGCGUUGUCCUGCACGAUGCCCUAUACAUCUUCUCCGGCCGUGGUGGUCUCGCGAUGGAACCCAUCGAGGAGAAUGGAUGCGUUUGGCGUUACAUCCCAUCCACAAACACAUGGGACUUGAUCGAGCCCGCCGGAGACAAGUCUGCCACCUUUCCUGCUGGACGCAGCUACCACUCCAUUGCGUCUGAUGGUGUUGAUAAUGUUUAUGUCCAUGCUGGCUGCCCGGAAAAGGGACGUAUGGCUGAUCUCUGGCGUUUCACUCUGACGUCUAAGAGCUGGACCCAGCUUCCUGACGCACCGCCGCCAGCGCGUGGAGGACCCUCAAUCACGUACCACGACGGAAAGCUCUAUCGGAUGAACGGGUUUGAUGGAAAGACCGAGCAGGGCGGGUCCGUAGACAUCUUUGACUGUGCUUCUCAGGCUUGGACUACGGUUGCCUUCGCUCCGGACGGUAUCAGUGGUCCUGAAUCCCGUAGUGUCUCGGCCUUGGUCACCGUAAGGGUCCAAGAGAAGACCCACAUUGUCACUAUGUUCGGAGAGCGGGACCCAAGCUCCCUUGGCCACGCCGGAGCCGGGAAGAUGUUGGCUGAUGUUUGGGCAUUUGAUGUAGAGGAACAGACGUGGGCAAAGGUCGAAACGCAAGGUGGUCAUCCUGAUCCCAGAGGAUGGUUCGAUGCCGACGUUGCACAGAACUCCGUCAUCGUUCAUGGUGGGCUGGCGGAGGAUAACUCGAGACUUGGCGAUUUGUGGGAGCUGAAAUUUGUCUAG